AUGGACUCUGAAAAGCUGCCUAGAAAGCUCUGGGAGCAUCCAGACCCAAAAAGUACAGCAAUUUGGAGGUUUAUGCAGGCUGCAAACGAGAAAUUCGGGCUCAAUAUGCAGGACUUCCCCUCCUUAUAUAAGUGGUCCUGCGACAAUCGGAACAGCUUCUACACGUUCUUCUUCGAUAACUAUCCUCUCAUUUACCAAGGCUCCUAUAAUUUGGCUGUCGAAGAAUCUAUCCCUAUUUCCAAAUUACCUCGUUGGUUUGACGGUAUUCAGCUCAACUACGCUGAGAACUUCCUCUGGAGUCGAACCCUUGAGGACGACACAGGGGCCCGCACCACUAAGACCAAAGAGGAUUCCAAGAUUGCUUUAACUGAAGUGCGCGAGGGAAAUACUGAAGUUAAACAUGUGACGUGGGCCGAAUUAAGGUGUCGAGUGGCAGACUUAGCAUCGGCAUUCCAUCAGAGGGGUCUGAAGAAGGGAGAUAGGGUGGUCUUGGUUGGCCAGCAUUCCACCAGCACACUGGUAGUGUUUUUGGCAACAACCUGGCUAGGUGCAUUGUUCAGUAGCAGUUCAACCGAUAUGGGAGUUGGUGGAUUACUGCAGCGGACAGUGCAGAUCGAUCCAAAGUUUGUCUUCUUUGACGAUGCUUCUCUCUAUGGCGGCAAAUACAUUGAUCUGCACGAUAAAAUUCAAGGCGUCAUGCAAGGACUCCAGGAAUGCCCGAGUUUUCAAACAAUCAUUAUCAACACUCGCUUCGCGGACAAGCCCUAUGCCACAGAUGAUAUAUCCAAGACAGAAAGACUGGAAUAUUUCCUGCUGUUAGGAAAGUCCAAACGGCCGCCACCCCCAGAACGCAUCAAUUUUCAAGAUCCCAUGGUUGUGUAUUACUCCUCCGGUACGACAGGUACUCCAAAAGCCAUUGUCCAUGGUGUUGGAUCUAUCCUGUUGAAUGCUGCCAAAGAAGCAAUUCUUCAUCAAGAUGCAACACCUGACUCGGUAAAUUUGCAGUUCACCACCACAGGGUGGAUCAUGUUUCUCGCGAGUGUGACACAGAUGCAAUUUGGUGGGCGAUCAAUCCUCUAUGAUGGAUCGCCGUUUAUUCCUGAUCAUACGGUGUUACUGAGAGUUGCUGAAGAGCAAGGCGCCACUUCUCUGGGUGUAAGCCCUCGCUGGAUGGGCGAGCUAAAGCGAAGAAACAUCGUCCCAAAGGCGGUGGCGGAUUUGUCCAAGUUGACGAGAGUACUCAGUACCGGUAUGGUAUUGCCGGACCAGAUGUUCGAAUGGUUCUAUGAUGCGGCAUUCCCGGCACAUGUGCAGCUAUGCAAUACUUCUGGGGGUACUGAUAUUGCUGGUGCCUUUGUUCUCGAGAAUCCCUUAAUGCCAGUUCAUGUUGGCGGUUGUGUAGGUCCGGCUCUCGGAGUACAAAUUGCCGUCUAUGAGCACGACCUUCCCGAAGGUAGCGAUGGCAAACCCCUUCCCGCCGGCGAAGCAGGUGACCUUGUUGCUACUGCUGCUUUCCCUAACAUCCCUCUCUAUCUCUGGGGUGAUAGCCAGCCGGCCCCUGGACAAAGAUACAUGGAUUCCUACUUUAAGCGGUUUAACAAUGUGUGGACACAAGGCGACUUUUGCGCAUUUCACCCGAUAACAGGCGGCAUUCUUAUGCUUGGCCGAUCCGACGGCGUUUUGAAUCCUAGUGGCAUUCGGUUUGGCAGCUCGGACAUAUAUGGGAUUAUCGAGAAAUAUUUCGCAGCAGAAGUAGCCGACUCGCUUUGUGUUGGACAACGGCGCAAAACAGAUAUAGACGAGAGGGUAUUUCUAUUUCUAAUUAUGAAACCAGGCAAGAGGCUUAACGAGGCGCUAUCAAAAGCAGUCAAGCGUACAAUUGCAAGAGAGUUAACAAAACGCCACGUACCGAGGUUUAUAUUUGAAGCCCCAGAGAUUCCAACCACUAUUAACGGAAAGAAGGUAGAGUUGCCUGUAAAGAGCAUCCUUUCAGGCAAGAGGGUUAAACCAAGCGCGAUGUUGUUCAAUCCGGCGAGUUUGGAGUAUUUCUAUCAGUUUCAGAAGGUAGAUGAGUUGGGUCAGGGGAAGGCUCUGCUGUAA